AUGACCAUAUUUAAUUUCUAUUUGUUUAAUCGAGAUGGCACAUGUGUUCUAUACAGGGAGUGGAAACGGGAAAAGAAGACGAUAAUGUCAAUGGAACAGGAACUAAAAUUGAUGUAUGGAAUGCUGUUGUCAUUGCGCUCAUUCGCUUUGAAACUUUCAACAGCUGCUGGAAUUCAACAAGUGAAUAGUUUUGAAACCAGCCAAUAUAAGUUAAAUUAUCUGGAAACACCUACUGGAUUGAAAAUGGUUCUCAAUACAGAUCCAAAUGCAACUGGAAUUCCAGAACUUAUGCGUAGCAUUUAUCAGGCAUAUGUCGAUAGAGUGAUAAAAAAUGUCUUGACUGAAAGUAAUGCGCAGUCGAGCAAUGAACUUUUUAAUAGUCGGCUCGAACAACUAAUUCAAAAGCAUCCAGCAUUUUGA